AUGUCUUCGACCAAGCUCGUAACGGUCUUCGGUGCAACUGGUAACCAAGGCGGUGCCGUUGCGCGCUCCCUUUUGAAGAACAAGAAUUUCUCUGUCCGAGGCAUCACCCGCAACCCCGGGUCCAAUGCCGCAAAGGCCCUUGCUUCACUGGGUGCGGAAAUGGUGAAGGCAGAUGGCUUCAAUAAAGAUGAGAUGAAAGCUGCGUUUGAGGGGAACUGGGGAGCUUUCGUCAAUACGCAAUCCGAGGACCCGAGCGUCACUCAACCCGACGGCCCCAACGAGUUCGAUCUCGGCAAGAGCAUCAUCGACGCAGCCGCCGAGGCCGGCGUCAAGAAUCUGGUCCACAGCUCCGGAGCCGACACCGAGACCCUAACAAAGGGCGAGGUCUCUUGCCGCAUGAUGAUGAACAAGCACAAGACCUUUGAACACGCCAAAUCCCGCCCAGAGUUCACCAACGUUAUCGCUGUCGAUUGUGGCUGGUACCUCGAGGUCUUCCUGUCCGAAGAAUACGCUGGAGUCCUUGGCGGAUUCCCACUAUUCCCAGACGAAGAAGGCUACCUCACUAUGUCGAUCCCACGUUGGGGCAACGACCCUGAACGCAUCGGCCUCACCGCCGUAGCCCAGGACUACGGUGAUAUUGUUCACGGUGUUCUCCUUGAUCCUGCGAAAUACAACGGUAAGCUUGUUCAGGCAAACAGUGACAUCAAGUCCUCCGAGGAGAUUGCGGCGACAUUUGAGAAAGUGACGGGGAAGAAGGCGAGGGUUAAGUAUCUGCAGAGUGCGGAGGAGAUGCAAACGUAUGGGCAGAUGGUGCUGGAGGAUGUUAGGGAGAUGUUUAGGUUCUUGCAAAGGGCGGAGGGGAGGUACUAUAACGGGGAAGAGACUGAAGGGGAGACAGCAAAGGCAUUGAAGGCUGCUGCCGCUAAGGCCAUGGCUGGGAGUGAGGGGUCUGCCUUGAUGAGCUUGGGGGACUUCUUUCAGAAGCAUUUUGGUGGGAAAUAG